AUGGACGAAGACCCUCGUGAGGUGACUGCCGGGGUUAUGGAGGAGAAGGUGCAAAGAGUUACCACAUUUCUUGGGCUACUGCUAGACUGCAGCCCAGAAACGAUCAAUGCGCAGGACCAGGACAGUAACACGCCUCUACACUAUUCAGCCAAGAAAUAUGGCAACUGCGGACAAGAUCACACAGCCGUCUUUCAGUACCUUUGUGAGAAAGGUGCUGAUUCUAGCAUUCUCAACAAAAACGGCGAAACAGCAUUACAUAGCUUAUGCUCUUAUGACGGAGGACUACCGCUCGAUAUAGCCGCGAUCGAAACGUUGCUCGACCAUGGAGCAAAAGUCACGGAUACAGACAAUGACGGCAAUAUACCACUGCAAUUGGCAGUCAAGAACCUAGACAACGUUGAUGCCAUCGUGUUUCUUCUUGAUCAUGGUGCAGAUGUAUCUGUCAAGAACCUGGAAGGAAACACGCCACUACAUGAAGCCGCCAACGAAAUGUCCUGGACUGGAGUAUUAAAAAAAAGAAAGUACAAACUCAUGGGAGAAAUACUUCGAAGGCUUCCAGGCGAUGAAGGAAGUCUGAUGGAUGAACUGAAUGCGGAGGAAAAGUCUCACCGGCAGAUUCAGGAUGAAGGGAGGAAAGAUUUGAAAGAGAAAAUGGAUGGUCUGGAAAUUGAAAGAAGUGUGGGAAUCUGA